UUCGGCGCGCCCUAAUAUAUGAUGCAUUAGCGCCGUCCCAGACUGAGGCUAUCCUCUUCCGCUUCGGGAACUCGACUCUAAUAAUCUUGAAGAUGGAUCAUACCAAGCUCCAGAAGAUGGCUGGUGCAGUUCGCACUGGAGGAAAAGGUAGCGUGAGAAGGAAGAAGAAAGCUGUUCACAAAACAACUACCACAGAUGAUAAACGGCUUCAAAGUACCUUGAAGAGAAUAGGAGUUAAUGCCAUUCCUGCAAUUGAGGAAGUCAACAUCUUCAAGGAUGAUGUAGUUAUUCAAUUUACCAACCCGAAAGUUCAAGCUUCUAUUGCAGCAAACACCUGGGUUGUUAGUGGUACUCCUCAAACGAAAAAAUUGCAGGAUAUUCUUCCUGGAAUUAUCAAUCAGUUGGGACCUGAUAACUUGGACAAUCUGAGGAAGUUGGCUGAGCAGUUCCAGAAGCAAGCACCUGGGGCAGGUGCUGGUGCUGCCAAUGCACAGGAUGAUGAUGAUGACGACGAUGUUCCCGACCUCGUUGAAGGACAGACUUUCGAAGCUGCUGCAGAAGAGAAGCAAGCUUCCUAGAGAGGACCAAUCUCUUGGGAUGAUUUUGUUUAGUUUUUACAUAUUUUUAAUGUUUGGAAGAGUCCUUUUUUCUCCUUGUAUUUGUUUUUGCUAAUCUUGUUUCCCAUGGCAUUUUACUCGCUCCACCCUCUUGUAACCCUUUGGAUGGAUGGAUGGAUGGAUGGAUUGGAUUUUCUAUUACCCCACCCCCCUUCAACAGCCUUACUUCCUCGGGAACGCUUUUUAUAUAUAGGCGCUGAAUUAAUGCCCCUUCCAUCCGCCCAAUCCAACGAAAAAUCUGGGUAUCGAACAUGAGCUAGCUUUGUA